ACGCCUCAAUCACUGAGAUGCAGUACGGUGCAUACUGUCCCCAAGGCCAACUCCGAAAAUAGAACUCAAGAGCACCGACGGUGUUGAAGGCAAUAGGCUAUACCACUGGCACAACACAAACAAAAACAAACCACAUUUGAGCGCCGAUUUCACAGUCUUAACAAGGAGUAGCCAUGGAGCAUGAAGGAUCGCACCGUUUUGCAAGGAAAAAGCGAAGGACUCGCCUCUGGCUAAUCAUGGGUCUCUGUGCAGUACUUUCACUUGUCGUUAUCCUCGCUAUUUCUCUGGGAGUAGUGCACAGUCACGUACUGUCUAGUUCCAGUCCAUCGAGUGAAAGCCUAAAAAAAACGAUUAUUGACAAAUGUGAAGCAUUUAUACAGAACAACAAAUCUUCAAGUGCAAACAACUGUCAAAAGAUAUGGAGUGCAUUUCAGCAAGCAUUCGUGGGGAGGGACCCAUGUAAUGUACCGAUGGAGGCCUAUGACCCCCUUAUCCAUACUGUGAUCCAGGAUCCUGUCUGUAACAGGAUGUUGUUUUGGAGCAAAACAAAGAAAAUAGUGCAUGACCUCACAGAGAAGCGAGAUUGCUUCUUGACCCUCGAGGACACACUAGUUGGCUUCAUCAUGAAUGGACUGACCUGGUGUGGCAAGGAGGGGAGCAAUGAAACGUUCACCACAGGGUGCCCAGGCUGGACAGACUGUGUCAACAACACAGUUCGUUCAUUCUGGAAUCGGGCCUCAGCAGCAUUUGCAGAUGCCGCAUGUGGUGAUGUCACAGCCAUGCUGAAUGGAUCUAUUGCCACUCCUUUCAGCCCCAACAGUAUUUUUGCCACCAUCGAGGUGAAAAGGUUCAAAGCUGCCAAAGUGAAGAGCCUGAGUGUUGUCCUGGUGACCAAGGAGAAUAAGGGGACAACAUGUGAUGAUCCCUCCUUACAGGACCUACAGAAAGAGAUAGAGCCAAAACUCAAGUAUAAUUGCAAGGCGGUUCCUGAGUCUAAGAUCCAGGACUGCAUUUCCCACCCAGACACAGCUUGUGGCGCCUGCUGGUAAUACUGUCCAAUCAGCAGUGAACAAGGCGUGGUCGUCAAGAGUAUAAAUGGAUAUUAUUCCAUCAUGGAACCAUGAACUAAUAUUUGAGCUGUCAUCAAGCAGCCCCAGGCCUACCCUGAUCGGCAUAGCUUCCAUUCUUUACAGAAGUUCUUACAAUUGAAUCAUUUCCAUAGUACCUCCUUUUAUCUUAAAUUACAAUUGCACCCUUUAGCAACCUAAUUUUCAUUAUCUCCAGCACAAUAGAACAUCAAAAAUGUAUUUUUGAUGAGAUUUGUGGUGACGUGGAGAGAAAGAAAACACUCUCAUUGCAGGUUUUGAAAAUCACUGUUUUUCUUACUAAUGAAAAAAUAAAGGUGCAAGUUGGAACCAAAUAUGGUUCUUGAGAGCGAUACCAUAGGGGAACCAUUUUCAUGGGAUGGUUCUUUGAAGAACCAUACAAAAAUUCAAAUCCAAAAAUGUUUCGGCACUCCAGGACCAGAAUUUAAAAGCCCUGCUGUAGGUUUUUAAACCUUAUUUGCAUAUUUCCCAGGGUGCCUUUCACAUUUAAAAAAAUAUCCCAAGUGUGCCAGGUAGGCGGAGUGUUCCAAUUGAUCACCAUUCAAUGUGUCCAAAGGUACAAAUCCGCCUUCCCGGCAGACCCAGAGAGCAAAUGAAGUGCACUAUAAGGCUAACUCUGGCCAAUCGGAUUUCUCAUAGCAGGUGUAAAAAAUAAUAAUAAUGCUACAGCGAAGUUGAUACUGUGAGAUUUCAAAACUUUUAAAACCAUGACUAGAGAGAGACUGUCAUCGAAUACAGCAAAUACAGUUGAAGUCGGAAGUUUACAUCCACUUAGGUUGGAGUCAUUAAAACUUGUUUUUCAACCACUCCACAAAUUUCUUGUUAACAAUCUAUAGUUUUGGCAGUCGGUUAGGACAUCUACUUUGUGCAUGACACAAGUGAUUUUUCCAACAAUUGUUUACAGACAUAUUAUUUCACUUAUAAUUCACUCUAUCACAAUUCCAGUGGGUCAGAAGUGUACAUACACUAAGUUGAAUGUGCCUUUAAACAGCUUGGAAAAUUCCAGAAAAUUAUGUAAUGGCUUUAGAAGCUUCUGAUAGGCUAAUUGACAUCAUUUGAGUCAAUUGGAGGUGUACGUGUGGAUGUAUUUCAAGGCCAACCUUCAUACUCAGUGCCUCUUUGCUUGACAUCAUGGGAAAAUCAAAAGAUAUCAGCCAAGACCUUUUUUUAUUGUAGACCUCCACAAGUCUGUUUCAUCCUUGGGAGCAAUUUCCAAACGCCUGAAGGUACUAUGCUUAUCUGUCCAAACAAUAGUAUGCCAGUAUAAACACAAUGGGACCAUGCAGCCGUCAUACCGCUCAGGAAGGAGAUGCGUUCUGUCUCCUAGAGAUGAGCGUAAUUUGGUGCGAAAAGUGCAAAUCAAUCCCAGAACAACAGCAAAGGACAUUGUGAAGAUGCUGGAGGAAACAGGUACAAAAGUAUCUAUAUCCACAGUAAAACAAGUCCUAUAUCGACAUAACCUGAAAGGCCGCUCAGCAAGGAAGAGGCCACUGUUCCAAAACUGCAAUAAAAAAGCCAGACUACGGUUUGCAACUGCACAUGGGGACAAAUAUCGUACUUUUUGGAGAAAUGUUCUCUGGUCUGAUGAACCAAAAUUGAAAUGUUGGCCAUAAUGACCAUCGUUAUGUUUGGAGGUGAAAGGGGGAGGCUUGCAAGCCAAAGAACACCAUCCCAACCGGGUAGCACAGGGGUGGCAGCAUCAUGUUGUGGGGGUGCUUUGUUGCAGGGGGGACUGGUGCACUUCACGAAAUUGAUGGCAUCACGAGGAAAGAAAAUGACGUGGAUAUAUUGAAGCAACAUCUCAAGACAUCAUUUGGGCCUUCCAAAUGGACAAUGACCCCAAGCAUACUUCCAAAGCUGUGGCAAAUGGCUUAAGGACAACAAAGUCAAGGUAUUGGAGUGGCCAUCACAAAGCCCUGACCUCAAUCCUAUGGAAAAUUUGCGGGCAGAACAGAAAAAGUGUGUGUGAACAAGGAGGCCUACAAACCUGACUCAGUUACAGCAGCUCUGUCAGGAGGAAUGGGCCAAAAUUCACCCAACUUAUUGUGGGAAGCUUGUGGAAGGCUACCUGAAAAGUUUGACCCAAGUUAAACAAUUUAAAGGCAAUGCUACCAAAUCCCAAUUGAGUGUAUGUACAUUUCUGACCCACUGUGAAUGUGAGGAAAGAAAUAAAAGCUGAAAUAAAUAAUUCUCUCUGCUAUUAUUCUGACAUUCCACAUUCUUAAAAUAAAGUGGUGAUCCUAACUGACCUAAGACAGGGAAUUUUUCUAGGAUUAAAUGUCAGGAAUUGUGAAAAACUGAGUUUAAAUGUAUUUGGUGUAUGUAAACUUCUGACUUCAGCUGUAGUUCAUGUUUAAGUUCUUACUCCGCACUGUCAACACUUUUUAUUCAACACUUUGGCUAUAUAAGCUAUAAAAUGCUUGUUCUUCUUACUUCCACUCGUGUUACAACCAGCACUGCAGCUGUAAUAAAUGAGUAGGAAAGUG